GGAAAGGGGGCUCCGCAAAAGCGCUGCAGUUGGAGAUUGUACAAUUUCACUGGUUUGUCUGCUCAGCUUUUGGCUUUGCAUUUGGCUGUCAUGGGUUUUCUGCUCCUGACAGACACCGAAUCGGUAGCUGCCACUGACGGUGAGAUACAGCUCUUUGCCAGAUCAUGACCAUCAGCGGCCGGGGAAGGAGCAAUUCCCGCUGAAUCCCGCAUCUCUUUUGCUGUAGUUUACCUUGGAGUCACUUUUUCUUGAAGCGUGGAUUGGAGAGACACGCUGCUGUUUUCUUCAAUAAAACAAAGUCCGUAAAGUUCCAGAAACGUAUUUUCCCGCCGCUGGCAACAAAUCAGCAGUGUCACCCCAGAUGUUUUAUUUAAGUCGGAGGGAGAUUGGAUCGCCAGGUUUUGUAUUUACGUUAUGUGUUCCAUGUUCAAUGUUCCUGCGGUCUCCAGUUGACUGAUUAAAGGAAAUGGAAGUUUUGGCCGCUCUGAUUGUAUCCAUCUCUUGGAUCUUAUAUCCCGACAGGGUAGCUAGUGAUUCCAUCAUUCACAUAGGUGCAAUUUUUGAGGAAUCUGCAAGAAAGGAUGACAAAAUGUUUCGAUUAGCUGUGGCUGAAAUGAACAUGAAUGAAGAAAUACUACAAAACGAAAAGAUAACAUUCUCUGUCAGAUUUGUUGAUUCCAACAAUCCAUUUCAAGCUGUUCAAGAGGCCUGUGACCUUGUGUCACAAGGAAUCUUGGCUCUUGUUAGCUCCACUGGCUGUGCUCCUUCAGCUUCACUUCAGUCCUUUGCAGAUGGAAUGCAUAUUCCUCACCUCUACAUUCAACGCACAGCAGCUGGAACUCCACGUUCUCAAUGUUCUAUUACAAGGAAUACAAGAAACAGUGAUUACACGCUUUCUGUCCGUCCUCCUGAUUACUUCAAUGAAGUGAUUCUCAAAGUAAUCACAGAAUUUUCCUGGCAGAAGUUCAUGAUCUUCUAUGAUGAUGCAUAUGAUAUUCGUGGGAUUCAAGAAUUUUUGGGCCAAGCUGGUCAACAAGGGAUAGAGAUUUCACUACAAAAGGUUGAGGCCAGCAUUAGCAACAUGUUCACAGGCCUUUUCUCCACGCUUGGGUUUGAUGAGCUGAGCCGUUUCCGAGACAUGCUUCGAAGAGCUCUACUUUUCCUUAACCCACGUACUGCAAAGACCUUCAUUAGUGAGGCAGUUGACACUAAUUUGGCAGCUGUUGACAGUCACUGGAUCUUCAUCAAUGAGGAAAUAAAUGAUGCAGAUAUUCGGGAGCUGGCAAAGAGACUGACUGGCAGAUUGACUGUCAUUCGGCAAACUUUCCCAAUGUCAGAAAGCAAGAGCCAAUACUGUUUGAGAAGCAGUCAUAGAUUUUCUUCUGUAAUGUGCAACCCUAAAGAUCCCUUCACACAACACAUGGAGAUCUCCAAUCUCUAUGUAUAUGACAGUGUUUUGCUGCUGGCUGAUGCCUUCCACAAGAAGCUUGAAGAUCGAAAAUGGCACAGCAUGGCUAGCCUGACAUGUGUAAGGAAAAAUUCCAAGCCAUGGCAAGGUGGGAAGUCAACUUUUGAUGCAAUCAAAAAGGGGAAAGUGAGUGGAUUAACUGGAAUGCUCAAUUUUAGGGAUGAUGGGACAAAUACCAAUGUUCUGUUUGAAAUUCUUGGUACCAGUUACAGUGAGGAAAAGGAUAGAGGGAUUCAACGUCUAGGACUUUGGAGUCCAACCAAUGGAUUGAAUGGUUCUCUUGUCGAUCAAAAACUGGAAAAUAGUAUGGAAGGAGUGACUCUGCGAGUUGUGACAGUACUGGUUCCUCCAUUUGUUAUGAUGUCAGAGAACAUAUUUGGCCAACCUAAAGAGUUCUGUGGAUUUUCCAUAGAUGUUCUGAAUGCUUUGUCAGAACACCUUGGCUUCAAGUAUCAAAUUUACCAAGUUCCUGAUAAUCAACAUGGUAGAUUACAAAAUAACGGAAAAUGGAAUGGAAUGAUAGGAGAACUUAUUAACAAGAGAGCUGACAUAGCAGUUUCAGCCUUGACAAUUACUCCAGAGAGAGAGAAUGUUGUGGACUUCACUGGUCGAAUCAUGGACUACACCUUAGGAUUUCUACUUAAAAAGCCAGAACAGAGAGUGGAUAUGUUUACCUGCCUAGAACCAUUUGAUCUGACAGUUUGGGCAUGUAUUAUUGGCACUUUGUUUAUAACAGGCCUGCUUGUCUGCAUGUUUAGCUGGGUAAAACCAUCGCCACUGCAAAUAGGAUCUGUGACUUCUACAACAUUGUACAAUGCUGCGUGGCUUGUUUAUGGAUCAUUUGUACAACAAGGAGGAGACAUCCCCAUUAAUACUUUGGCAGUUCGUUUGUUGAUGGGAUUUUGGUGGCUUUUUGUUUUUAUAAUCAUCUCGACAUACACUGCAAACCUAACAGCCAUCUUGACCAACAAUCGAAUUGAAAACCCUAUUCGAUCUUUCCAGGACCUUGCCAAACAGACAGAUGUUCCAUAUGGUACAGUCCUUGAUUCAGAAGUAUUGCAAAUAAUCAAAACCAAAGGUCGAAAUCCAUUUGAGCUUGAACAAACAUAUGCUCAUUUGUGGAAUAUGAUAAACAAAACGAAUGGUUUGGAGAACUGCGUGAAGAGAAUCCAUGAUGGAAUUCAAAGGGUAAAGGCUGGAAAUUAUGCAUUUAUCUGGGAUGUUGCAGCACUGGAAUAUAUUGUCGAAAAUGAACCUGAUUGCUCCCUUGUCACAGCAAGGAAUUCGAAAGUCGAUCGCGGUUAUGGCAUUGCUCUUCAAGAUGGCAGCCCUUACAGAGACAUUUUUUCACACAGACUUCUAGAACUGGAACAAAGUGGUGAACUGGAUGCCUUAAAACAGAAAUGGUGGCCCAAAGUUGGGAAAUGUGAUCUGCAAAGUCACAUUAAGACGCAUGGGAAAGGAGGCCCAAUGGAUCUGCAAAACUUUGCUGGAGCAUUCGGUUUUCUUGCUUUGGGUGUUAUUUUGGCUUUCAUCGCUGCUGUGGUCGAAAUUUGGUGGAAAGGUGAAAAGAAAUCAGACUCUCCUAGAGAGGAGGACAAUGAAAUCGAAAUUGACCAGUUCCAGAAACAAACAGAUGAUUUCUCUAAAGUCGAUGAGAGCUCUCUUAAAUUUUCACCAUCAUUUGUAGACUUGAAUUCAUUUGAACUAUCUAUAAUGCCAACUGGUGAAAAUCAGGAACAAUAUGGUGAUUUCAGGAACACUAAUUUAACAAUGUCAACCUUCAUACCUGACCAGAUGCGGAGGACAAGCACAUGUAGCUUAUCAGCUAAGACUUCAUCUGGAUUGCCACUGAGUGGCACAGCUGGUCAACAAACUGCACAAUAUGACCUGUCUACAAUAGAAGAGAAUGCAGAUGCCCUUGGAGGUUGUUUUGAGCAGUCUCAGAUCUCGAAAGCCUGGCUGCUGACUGCACCAUCUCAGCCUGGGCAACAACAGUCUGCACUGGCUGAGAAGUGA